CGAGAUAGAUAAAGAUAUGGUCAACAAGUACAUAUUCUCGGAUGUUCUACGUGAGUCAACCGCCGAUGCAGUGCAAAAAAAAGUACGAAGGAAUACCUCGGCUUGAUCCGAAAACAAUGGCGAUCCAAUGUCCGUCGUUCUGCAGAGGAUAGAGGUACCUCCGCCGGAGAAUGACGAAUUCUUGCACAGCACGGACAAAUAUCGUGACAAAAGGGAAUCCAGCAAAAAGAAUGGGAUGCCGGAUAAGGAGUUUCUCGCAAGGAACUCGUUGUUCACCGAUCUCUUCAAGAUCCCGCAUUUUCGCACAAUUUACAAUAUCUACUUGAUGAUCUUCAUAUUCCUGCUCUCCAGCUCAGUCGUGUGCGACAUUAUAGAAUACGGAACGAUUCACCAUGGUUUCAAUGCGUUACGAGUUAGUUUUGCAAAGUUUCCAACAUGCAUCUAUAUUUGGUUAUCCAUGCAAACUUCGAUGCUCUGUGUCUACGUGGCCUUCACCCUCUGGGCGAAUCAGCGACUCCGAUUCUUACCAAAAUCCUGUAUCCAGAAAUUUUGGGAUUAUGGAUGGCUAUCAGUAUUCAUAUUGUACCAAGUUCUAUUCUUCAUUAUUCCUGUCACAAUGAUAAUCAACACAAAUCUUUCCAUAGGUUGCAGUUGUAUUAUUAUAUUAGAGCAGAUACGCAUGGUGAUGAAGAGUUGGGCUUUCGUCAGGAGCGCCGCACCGAGGUAUUUAUCGUAUGAAUCCCAGAGCGAAACUUCACGACCGAGCGGCCCCAAAUUCUCACAAUAUUUGUAUUUUCUAUUCGCACCGACUCUUCUGUACCGCGACGAAUAUCCUAGGACGACAGAAAUCAGGUGGAUGGUGGUGUUUUGGAAUUUCUUUGAAUUCGGCCUAUCGAUUUUCCAUGAGUUCUUGAUCUUUGACCGUGUCGUAGUACCGAUCUAUCACGUAUUCGGCACGCAAUACCUAGAACCGAAGUGGUUUAUCAAAAAUGCACUCGAGUCUUGUAUUUUCAUCUUUCCCCUUUUCAUCGUCGCUCAAUACAUCCUCUUCCAAGCAUGGAUGAAUGCUUGGGCAGAAAUGCUGCGGUUCGCAGACCGAUUAUUUUACAAGGACUGGUGGAACAGCACAACUAUUAACGAGUUUGCCCGCAAGUGGAACUCGAUAGUGCAUAACUGGCUGUACACGUAUAUCUACAAGGACAUGUACGAGAUUGUGGUGCCGCGCAACCGAACGUUGGCAGCUUUCGCUGUAUUCUUCAUUUGCGGCAUCGUUCAUGAAUACAUAAUGGCGUUUAUAAUGGGUUUCUUCUAUCCGGUCGUACUCAUCGUGUACGGAAAUGUCAUAUUAUUUUUCUUGAUUUUUAAGAACAAAGUUGUCACCAACAACAUCUUCGAGUGGAUAUUAACUAACAUCACUCUAAUUAUUUCGUUCAACUUAUACACGAUGGAGCUCUACGCCCGGUGGAACAACUGUCCACCUCACCCCAAUUAUUAUCUAGAUCUGUUCAUACCACGAAGCUGGAGUUGUCAAAAACAGUUUAAUCCGUAAAUCGUGCUGUUUGUGUUUACGGUGAAAUCUUUUCACGAGACGGUGGAUUUUCCUACGCUCUGUUACAGACUAUUUAGAUGAGGACUGUUGUGUACAACCGUUUGCAUAAGUUUAGCAUUAAACUAACAAUAAGUAGAGCAAACAACAGUUUUAACGCGAUAAAAUUACAAUUGUAAGAAAACCAAUAAGAGUUUAGGUUCUAUUGUUAGUUAACGUUUAUUCAUCUAAAGAAUAUAUUAAAGGGUUUUACAUCAACAAAGUGUCUGUAUCAUGCUGCUGCUUCGAAAUCGAAAUGAUGAGAAUUAGAAAAAUGAAGAGAUCUUAUACGGUUAAAACAGGCAAUUAAAAAUACGAUACCGAUAAUUACAUGAAGGCCAUGAAAACAAAUUGUGAUAAAAAAAGUUGAUCCAUAGAUUAAAUCUGCUAUAGUAAAGGGGGAUUCAACAUAUUCGAUUAAUUGAAGUAGGGUAAAAUAAAUUCCUAAUAGAAUAAUUAGAAAUAAUCUUUUUUUUCUUUCUUUAAAGUUUAAAUUGAGUAUAGCAUGAUAAAAUCAUGUAACUGUUAAGCCCAAGAAAAUUAAAAUUUCAUUGAGAGAAUAUCAAAUAGGUUGAAAAGUUUGAUUCCUAAAGAUGGUCAUAAUUGCCCAAUUUAUAUUCUAUUCCUAAAGAGGAAUAAAAGUAAACUCAAAAAAAUGAAAAAAAGAAUAAUACUUUAGAUACAAUAAAUAAAAUUAUAACUAUUCAUACUCCAUUGUACAUAUUAAUAGUAUGUUAUCCUUGGAAUGUAGUUUCUCGAAUUAUAUCUCGUCAUCAUUGGUAUAUAUGGUACGUACGUGUACAGGGGAUUGUUAUAAGUAAAAAAUAAUUAAAUUUGUGGAAUCAUCUAAUUGUACAAAUUAUAUUAUAAAAUAAUCUAAAUGAAAUGAUUAUAAGUCAUGGUCAAACGGGAACAAGGUAAAAUAAACGGUUUUGUUUAGUCAUACAAAAUUUUAAUUAAAUUUCUUUUCUAUGUAAGGUUGAAAGAAUAGAAAAUACGUAAGCUUGAAUUAUAAAAACUGCAAUUUCUAAAGAAUAUAAUAUAAAUUAAGAAAAAAUUAGACUAAUUAGAAAGGAAAAUAGUGUUCGUAAAAAGUAUCAUUUUUUUGUAAUAAAAUCGUAUAAUAUAAAAUAAAAACGAUAAAUAAAGUUUAUCAUGUGUGUUCAAAGCACACGUUUCAAUGAAAGAGUCCGAGUACUCCUAUUAAUUAAAGUUAACGAUGCUUGACUCUCUAAUUUUUAAUUAAAUUGUAAUUAAAUCAGCUGUACAUAUAAGAGAAGUAUGGAGUUGUUAAAAAUACAAAAUACACGU